UGUGGGGUCUGGGGAGACCAGAUAUAGUGAAUGCGGGGUCUGGGGAGACCAGAUAUAGUGAAUGCGGGGUCCGGGGAGAGCGGAUAUAGUGAAUGCAGGGUCCGGGGAGACCAGAUAUAGUGAAUGCAGGGGUCCGGGGAGAGCAGAUAUAGUAAAUGCAGGGUCCGGGGAGACCAGAUAUAGUGAAUGCAGGGUCUGGGGAGAGCAGAUAUAGUGAAUGCAGGGUCCGGGGAGACCGGAUAUAGUGAAUGCGGGGUCCGGGGAGACCAGAUAUAGUGAAUGCAGGGUCCAG